AGAACAGAGGUAAAAGAGACUGGGGUUUUUUUUCUUCCAAGGGAGUGGCAAUGGCAACCGCUACAGUUACAGCAGCAUCUACACUUUCAUGGCUUCACAGCUUUGGAGGAACACAAAACGAGACAACAAAAGUAGCAGACAAAAACAGGGUCUUCGUGGUUUUCGCCCAGAAGAAAGCUAAAAAGACUCGAAAGAUAAUACUGAAGGAGGAUGUGGAAUACCUGGGGAAAAAGGGACAGCUUUUGGAUGUGAAAGCUGGCUAUUUCAGGAAUUAUCUUUUGCCUACGGGAAAAGCCCAGAUUAUCACUUCUUCUUUGCUUAAGGAAAUGAAAAUGGAGGAGGAAAGAAUUGAAGCGGAGAAGCAACGGGUGAAAGAAGAGGCACAGCAACUUGCUCUAAUAUUCGAAACAGUUGGAGCUUUUAAGGUGAAGAGAAAAGGUGGAAAAGGAAAGCAAAUUUUUGGAAGUGUUACUGCUCAAGAUCUUGUAGACAUUAUCAAGGCACAACUUCAAAGGGAUGUGGACAAAAGAAUUGUUUUUCUUCCAGAGAUCAGGGAAACAGGAGAAUAUGUAGCAGAGCUGAAGCUCCACCCUGAAGUUACUGCCCGAGUCCGAGUUAAUGUUUAUGCUAACUGAGGACAACUUCCUCUCCAAAUGUGCAGCUUUGUCAGCCAUUUGCAUCAGUCUAAGCUAUGAGGUACAAGAUACAGGGAAACUUCAGCUUGCUGCCUGUUUAAGCGUGUGGCAACGUUCAUUUUUUUUUUGUAGAACAUGUAUUUAGCUUUAUUUGUAUUUCCAGUUCAUUAUUAUCUUUUAGAACGUAAUGAGACGUUGAAAAGCAUGAUUAGAUUGCUUAAUUUUAUCUGAAACAUCUAUUCUCUA